CCCAUCCACAACAUUCCUCAAGGUUACAACUUCCAAGCCUCCACCUCCACGUUCAACUUUCUACUAUAAAGCAACCUACCCAACCCACACCCUGAACCAUCUCACGAUGUAUUGCCAAAAAUGCCGUGCUCCCCUCAAGCUCGACAGCUCCCUCGAGAGCCUCAACCCUGCCGCUUCAACGUUCUCGUCGGCUCAACCCCCUCCGGCCCCCCCAUAUCCCUCCCGAGCGCAAACCCUCUACGAAACCGCCUCCCGCACCACCUCCCCAGCAACCUACAAACGCACCACAGGCGCCCCCGACCCCCGAAACCCCGCAAUGUCCUUCGUGCUGGUCUCCUCCUCCAAAGCCGCCCCCCCUGCACUUUUCCCGCACACUCGCCCUUCCUCUUCCUCGCCCUCCACCCCGACACCUCCCACGAAACCGAGCGCAUAAACCGGCUCUUCGCCCUCCUCUCCGCGCGCUCCGAUAUCAACCACCCAGUCUGCACCGAAUGCACAACCCUGCUGUUCUCCUCCCUCUCCUCGCGCCUCUCCGCGUCCCUCUGCGACGCGUUUGCCAGGCAGUUAUCCGAAAGGGGAAAAUAGAAUGGUUUGGGUGCCGGAACACUAGUUGUGGCAUGGCAUAUCCCGAUUGAGAUAGCGCUAGAGAAACACGGCUAAAAGGCAGGAGAUACGGCUAGCGUGUGGUGCCCAGGCGCCGGGAGAUUUCCUGAAAUGGUUUAGUGCUGCCUAAGGGGGAGAUUGGGUGGGGAGCAUGGAUAAAUAGGCGUAGGGCGGUACCAUCAAACUCCCCAACUGCAUUGAUGACUCUUCCACCCUCAAGUAGCAGCUUCACAAUCGACUCAUGGCCCUAAGAGCCGCUUGCCUGCAUUGCGGUGCGGAGCAAGGCCCUCCACGAGCAUUAAUGUCUGCGCCGUCCCCACACUCGACUGACAUUCUGGCUCCUUUCACCUACUUACUCGGCUGACCAAAUGCACACUAUAGAAAUAUCACUAGUUUCAUGUCACAGUAUCCACCUGUGGCUUGUCCAACUGGAGUAGGUUUAGCAUUCAUCUGUACAUACAUAUAUCUAUUCUUUUUUUCGGCGAAAAACUAGCUACUUUUGUGCCUACUGGCUUUCGGACGACAGCCUUUCGUCGGCUAACCCUGACCGUGAAGCAGCCCUUCAGAAUAGGCCCUUGGUAACUGGGGAGGGAGGUUGGGCCGAGAGAACCCGUUGGUAAAUCCAGCAAUGAGGCACGUUAUUAGUGUUUUCGUGUUGACAUGGCAGCGUGAAGGUUGCAUUUGGGUGUCAGGGAGAGCUUAUGGAUAACAUUAAAGGUGGGGGUUUGGUGUAGAAGGGAACAUAGCGUAGUUGAGCCCACCCCGGUGAAACUCGACGACGGCCACCCCCGGAGGGUAGGGUUCACGGAAUAGGGGAGGAGGCAUAGCAGGAUAAGAGUUAUAGAAGGAAGGGGUAAGCACAUUACAGGGCUUGUAAAUAUGUCUGCAGGAUACGCUCUUCCCAUAAUGGAGUAUCACGAUACUGUCGGCUUUCUAUUAUGAGCGGAAGUCCAAUGCUCUCCCAUUUUCCGGCUCCUGC